AUGACCAAUGUUACUAUGGUGAGUGAAUUCAUCCUCAUGGGGUUCUCUGAGGUCCGGGAGCUGCAGAUAUUAUAUGCUAUGCUAUUCCUAUUAAUUUAUCUGGGAGCUCUGCUGGGAAAUCUGCUCAUCAUUUCCCUUACCACUUUUGAUGAUCAGCUCCACACGCCCAUGUAUUUUUUCCUGAAGCAUUUGUCCUUUUUAGACCUCUGCUACAUUUCUGUCACUGUUCCCAAAUUCAUCAGCAAUAGUCUGGCCAAUAGCCAAUCCAUCUCUUUCCUAGGAUGCAUCAUGCAAGUGUUUUUAGUGGUUUUCUUAGCCUGUACAGAAUUAGCCUUGCUCACAGGGAUGUCCUAUGACCGUUUUGUGGCUAUAUGCCAUCCCCUGCAUUAUGCAAUCAUCAUGAAGAGAAGUACCUGUGUAAAGAUAGCAGCUUCCUCAUGGCUGAGUGGAGGACUUUCAGGUCUCCUGCACACAGCCACCAGCUUUUCCUUGCCUUUCUGUGAUUCUACCAAGAUUCAUCAGUUCUUUUGUGAGAUUCCCCAAAUUCUCAGACUUUCCUGCUCAGAUGAUUACUCAGCUGAAUUUGGAGCCCUUGCUGUCACUUCUUCUUUGAGUUUUGUCUGUUUCUUCUUCAUUGCCAUCUCCUACAUCCACAUAUUCUCAAAGGUUCUGAAGAUCCCCUCUGGAGAGGGUCGAUCUAAAGCUUUCUCCACUUGCAUGCCUCAUCUAAUUGUUGUCACUAUUUUUCUUCAUAGUGCAGCAGUUGCCUACCUAAAACCAACCUCAGCCUGUCCUUCUUUUGUGGACCUAAUGGUGUCUGUGUUCUAUACUAUCCUGCCUCCUACUCUUAAUCCCAUUAUCUACAGUCUGAGAAACAAGGACAUUAAAGCUGCUCUGAGAAAGCUGGUGAGAUCACUUUAA